GUCGGCAGCAGCGGGUAUAUAUACCCUGCAUCAGUGGAGCCGCUAAGGGGAGUCGGGACUAGUGGAUUACCGAGAAGAGCGGCUGUUAGGGCUGGGGUUUACAGGCAGCACGUGCUUGAUGCUCAAUAGACCUCACGUGAUCUCGAGCGGAGCGGCAGAAUCACAUGCUAGAAGUUGGGUGGUUGUUGAGAAGACGAGGCCAGAAGCAGCUUAGUUCGGUUCCUCCAGCACCAGCAGCUCAGAUUGAAGAUUGCACAAAUAUUCGUUUUAUUUUUGAAGUCAAGAUCUCAUUGAUUGUGCCUACGGAAUACUGUGUAUCGUUGCGCAGUCAUCUUACGGAGUACAUCGUGCAACAAUCUCGCGUCAUUGCUCACGAGCAGUGGUUGGUUGCCUUCCUCGGCCUCAGGCUUGAAUUGCUGGGCGGAAAAAAAAGGAGGGGCGUUCAGGGCCCGCCGCUCGAAACCAAUCAGUGGCGCGCUGGGCACGAGACCAGCAACCACUUCAAUCUCUCUCCCCUUCUCCUUCUUCUGCUACCUGUCCCACUCUACCCCAUCAUAUCUUCCUGCUCGCUUCCAGAGUAUCAAUUGCCGGCCAAUUUGUACUCGUGUCCCUUACGGCGUGAACUUGCGAAUCCGUGCAGCUAAUAGAUUAGGAGAGAUUCUUCAAGACCCCCUCCCCCGGGCUUGGCUGAUUGGUACGGAACUUCCUAUAUGUAUCCCGUUUUCCUAAUUCUAUCCUAUUUCUUGGACUCCUCAAAUAGAAAACCUCCUUCGCUCCUUCAGACCUCGA